AUGAACCAGACAAAUGCAACUGAAGUUACAAAGUUUAUUCUCCUGGGACUUUCUUCUUCCUCAGAAUUACAACUUAUGUUUUUCUUCCUAUUCCUGGUGGUGUAUCUCCUGACCAUCCUAGGAAAUGGCCUCAUUAUUAUCACAGUGACCUGUGAUCAUCACCUUCGCUCAGCCCCCAUGUACUUUCUGCUCUGCAAUCUUUCCUUCCAAGAUCUUUGCUACUCUACUGUCACUGUACCCAAGAUGCUGUCCCACUUGAUCACUCACCACAAAACAAUUUCCUUCCAAGGUUGUAUGGCCCAGAUAUUUUUUUUCCAUUUCACUGGAAGCGCAGAGAUAUUCAUCCUCACCAUCAUGGCAUAUGACCGUUACAUAGCUAUUUGCCGGCCCCUACACUAUGAACUCAUCAUGAGCCAGCGUACUUGCUGGGUUCUGGCAGCAACAUCAGUGCUGGGAGGGGUCAUCCAUUCCAUGACACAGAUGGUGCUCAUCUUACGUUUGCCGUUCUGUGGCCCAAAUGAGCUAGACAAUUUCUACUGUGAUAUUCCACAGGUCAUUAAGCUGGCCUGCACCAAUACCUUUGUGGUGGAGAUCCUGAUGGUUUCCAACAGUGGCCUGGUCACUCUUAUGUGUUUUAUACUGCUUCUCAUAUCCUAUACAGUCCUCUUGGUGAGAAUAAGGAACCACUUGGCUGAGGGAAAGAGUAAAGCCCUGUCUACUUGUGCCUCCCACCUGAUGGUGGUGACUCUGGUGUUUGUGCCCUGUGUCUACAUUUAUGCCAGGCCCUUUCAGAUAUUUCCAGCUGAUAAGUUGGUGUCCAUCCUUUAUACAGUCAUCACCCCAAUGUUAAAUCCCCUUAUCUACACCUUGAGGAACUCAGAGAUGAAAAGUGCCAUGAAAAGGAUAUGCAACUAUUCUAUGUGA